GUACAUAUUCAAAACUACUCAAGUUGAGAAAUAUAUCUAAUUCAAGAAGAGAAUGGAACGAAAAUCCCCUGCUCUCAAUGUUGUAAUUAUCGGUGUACUCCUAAUAGGGUUGUUCACUGCGCAGACUCCAGUUGAUGCUACAAGUUGUUGCGAAAGCACCAAAGCAAGAAAUUCAUAUAGUGUCUGCCGUCUCCGUCUCGGAGCUUCCAAAAAUUGUGCGAAAUUAACUGGUUGUAUAAUUAUUGACGGUACCUCGUGUCCCAGCGAUUACCCUAUAGGGAUGACUCCGGCCAAAGAGGGUACAACCAAGGUCAUACCACAUACCGGAUCCGAGAUAUGUACAACAGAGGAUUUAUCACGAUUUCGUUAUUCAAGAAAUGGCUGCGAGUGGUGUAGAAACUGGUGUGCAAAUAAAUGUCACGACAUGCUUGGUUCAGUUAGCAAUCAAACGUCCCUUCGGGGACCUCCGAUAAAAGUGGAACGAUACAGAGUUAGCAAUCAAACAUGUGCACCGUUUAUAAACCCGCAUGGUUUGCAUACUUUAAAAUGUGAAUGUUGCUGCGAACCACCUCUAUAUCCAUAUCACCCACCUCCACCUCUAUCACCAUCUUCCCCACCGCCACCUCUAUCACUAUCCCCACACCCUCCAGCCCAAUUUCUUCCAUGUAAACCUGGUGACGUAUUCAAGUUCGUUUUACGUAAUUCAACAAAUGGUUGUGAGUCUUGCAGAAAGCGGUGCGCAGAUAGACGUGCCAUCAUGAUUGGUUCAGUUAGCAAUCAAACAUGUGCACCGUUUACAAACACCUAUAGUUCUCCUCCUUUUAUAUGUCAAUGUUGCCGCAAACCACCUUCUCCCACAUCUCCAUCUCAUCCACCUCCCCCUUCAUUCCAACGUCCUCCACUUCUGCCUCCAUCCCCAACCCCACCUCCUCCCCUUGCGUCUCCAUCUACUCUUCCACCAUCACCUCCCCCUCCUCCAUCAACAUCCUCACUUCCCCCUCCUUCACCCCCGUCACCCAAUCCUCCAUCUCCAUCCCAACUCCUACCUCCCCCUCCUUCAUCUCCUCCACCCCCAUCACCUCCCCCUCUAUCUCCUUUGAAACUCCCACCUCCCCCUCCAUCAUCUCCCCCACCCUCAUCACCUCCCCCUCCAUCUCCUUUGAAACUCCCACCUCCCCCUCCUCCAUCUGCCCCACCCUCGUCACCUCCCCCUCCAUAUCCUUUGAAACUCCCACCUCCCCAUCCUUCAUCUCUCCCACCCUCAUCACCUCCCCCUCCAUAUCCUUUGAAACUCCCACCUCCCCAUCCUUCAUCUCUCCCACCCUCAUCACCUCCCCCUUCAUUUCCAUCCGAACUCACACCUCCCCCACCCUCAUCACCUCCCCCUUCAUUUCCAUCCGAACUCACACCUCCUCCACCCCCAUCACCUCCCCCUCCAUCUCCUUUGAAACUCCCACCUCCCCCACCGCAGUAUCUAUACCCUCCUCCUCAAUUUUCCCCCCUUACUCCACCCCCAUCACCUCCCCCACUGUUUCCCCAACACCUUCCACCACCGUUUGUUCCGUUUCCAUAUUCUCCACCUCUAUAUCCAUUUCACCCACCUCCACCUCAACCUCUAUCACCAUCCCCACACCCUCUAUCCCCAGUUCUUCAAUGUAAACCUGGUGACGUAUACAAUGGUGUUUUAAGUAAUUCAACAGAUGGUUGUGCAUAUUGCAGAAAAUGGUGUGAACAUAAAUGUCCUAUCAUGCUUGGUUCAGUUAGCAAACAAACGUGUGGACCGUUUAUAAACCCCUACGACCCUCCUACUUUUGUAUGUGAAUGCUGUUGCAAACCACUUUCACUCACAUCUCCAUCUCAUCCACCUCCCCCUUCAUCCCCAACCCCACCUCCUCCCCUUCCAUCUCCUCUCCACUCCCACCUUCCCCUCCUUCAUCUCCCCCAUCCUCAUCACCCCCACCUCCAUUUCCACCCCAACUCUCAUCUCCCUCCACCCCCAUCACCUCCCUCUCCAUUUCCUUCCAAACUCCCACCUCCUCCACCGCCGUCCAUAUACCAUCCCGCUAUAUUUGUCCCCCUUCCUCCACCCCCACCGUCGUCCCCCAACCUUAUACUUCCGUUUGUUUCGUAUCCAUAUCCUCCACCUCUAUCACUAUCUACACAACCACCUUCCUCUUAUUUAUCUCCACCCCUUUCAUUCAUAUCUCCUCCACCUCCAUAUCAUCCCCCUUCCUCACCUCCUCCAUCUCUUUCUGGAGGUGGCGGCGGUGGAGGUGGUGGUGGUGGUGGAGCCGUUGCUGCUGUAGCGGGUGUCUUGGGCGCCACUAUAAACGCUGCAGCUGGUGUCGCCGCCACUAAGGGUACAACCAUCGCCGGUGCAAUCGGUGGAGCCGUUGCGGCUGGGCGCGCCGCCGUAGAUGCAGUCGGUGGAGUUGUUAAAGAUGGGCGUGCAGCAGUCGGUGGAGCUGGACGCGCCGCCGCCACAGGUAAAAAAGCAGCUCGUGAUAAUCACUCCCCUCGGUCCUCAUUAAGACCCCCUUCAUCUUCAUCCCCUAAAAAAGCCCCUCAGUCCUCACUAAGACCCCCUUCACCUCCGUCCCCUAAAAAAGCAGCUACUGAUAGUCAUUCCCCUCGGUCCUCAUUAAGACCCCCUUCAUCUCCAUCCCCCCCAUCCCCAUCUCUGCGCCCUCCUUCUCCUCAUCCUCAUCCUCCUCCCCGUCGUUCUCCGCCGUCUUCACCUCCAUCCCCCCCAUCCCCAUCUCUCCGCCGUCCUUCUCCUCCUCCUCCUCCUCCUCCUCUUCCCCGUCGUCGUUCCCCGCCGCCUCCAUCUAUCCGCCCUCCUUCUCCUCCUCAUCCUCCUCCACCUCCCCGUCGCCGUCCCCCGCCGCCUCCUUCCCCUCCUACUCCGCCUCCGUCCCUAACGCCCUCGCUGGCUCCGCCUCCUUCCCCUCCGCCCCCAUCUCCAUCCCUAGUGCCUCCUUCUGAAUCUACCUCCUCACCCCCUUCCCCUUCCCUUUCCUCAUCGUUAUCUCAACAUUCAUCUCCUCCAUCUCAAUCUCCUUCUCCGUCUCCUUCAUCACCAUCUCAAUCCCCCUCUCCAUAUCCAUCCCCUCCAUCUAAAUCUCCUCCAUCUUCAUCCCUAUAUUAUGCUCCUCCAUCUCCAUCUUCUUCGUUCCAAACCCCAAACUCAUCACUUCGAUCUUCAUCUGCAUCUUUAUCUCCAUCUUUUAUGGAUAGUCAGCCAACAGUUUCGACUCGCAACGAGAGUGUUCAGCCUGGUCAUGAUUUUGAGACCGAGGUGACUGGUGUAUCAGCUGAGACUGAUCAGCUGAAUCCAGCGUUUGACUGGAGUGAUGAUGAAGACGUAACAGCGACAACAGGAGAAAGUGUGGCAGUACCAGGCGUAACUGCGACAGCAGGAGCUGUAGGCAUACCGGGCGUAACUGUGACACAAGGAGAAGGUGUAGCAGUUCAAGAUGUGACUGCAACGGAAGAAGAACGUGUAGCAGUUCAAGAGAGAUCUGACAUUAUGAGUCCGGGCAAUGAUGUUGCAGUAGAAGGUGAUAUGGAUCCAUCAAUGUCGGAUAUGGGUGAUAACCAAUAA